UUCAAAGAAUAAACAAAGGAAAGAUUCUCUCUUUAGACUGUUACCUGCUCUGCUGCCGUCCACUAAUGCCAUAAAGAACCCAUUUUUGAAACCUCUAAAUUUUUUUUUGUCAACAAAAAAAGGGUUCUUUGUGCAAGUAUUCAUGGGAGUAAUUGAUAUCUGCAAUACUGGUUCUCUCUGCAUUGUCAAACCUAGCAACAGUCGUUACCGUCGAUCUUCGGUUUUUCAUAGUAGUGGUAUCUGCUCAUUUGAAGUGAAUAACCAGAGAAGGGUCAUUAGUAUGGCCUCUGUUACUCCUUUAGAGCAUGUCAAUGAAGGCCAAGAGAGACUGACGGGCGACUCGUUUAUUCGUUCACAUUUACGGAAGUUGUCGCCUUAUCAAUCCAUUUUGCCUUUUGAGGUUUUAUCUGCUAGUCUUGGAAGGAAGCCUGAAGAUAUUGUUAAAUUAGAUGCAAAUGAAAAUCCUUACGGUCCUCCUCCAGAGGUGGCUGAAGCUUUGGGGUCUUUGAAAUUCCCUUAUAUAUAUCCUGACCCUCAAAGUCGCCAACUGCGUGAGGCUCUUGCCAAAGAUUCAGACCUUGAUGCCAAUCACAUUCUAGUAGGAUGUGGUGCUGAUGAGCUCAUUGAUCUAAUUAUGCGAUGCACAUUGGAUCCGGGCGACAAGAUUGUGGACUGUCCCCCAACCUUCACUAUGUAUGAAUUUGAUGCCGCAGUUAAUGGGGCAGAAGUCAUUAAGGUUAUGAGGAAUUCAGAUUUUAGCUUGAAUAUUGAGCUCAUUGUUGAUGCCGUUCAUCGAGAAAAACCCAAAUGCAUAUUCUUGACAUCACCAAAUAACCCCGAUGGAAGUAUAAUCAGUGAUGAAGAUCUCUUGAAAAUCCUUCAGCUUCCAAUAUUAGUGGUUCUGGAUGAAGCAUACAUAGAGUUUGCAGGACUGGAAUCUAAGAUGAAAUGGGUGAAGAAACAUGACAAUUUAAUUGUCCUGCGGACAUUUAGCAAAAGAGCCGGUUUAGCAGGACUACGUGUUGGAUAUGGAGCAUUUCCGUUGAGCAUCAUUGAAUAUCUUUGGAGGGCUAAGCAACCUUAUAAUGUCUCUGUUGCUGCCGAAGUUUCUGCUUGUGCAGCAUUGCAAAAUCCUACAUAUCUAGAGAAGGUGAAAAAUGCAUUGGUACAAGAGCGGGAAAGGCUGUAUAAACUACUGAAGGAAGUGCCAUUUCUGAAUCCAUUUCCAAGCUUUUCUAAUUUCAUUCUAUGUGAGGUUCAAUCUGGAAGAGAUGCUAAAAAGCUUAAGGAUGACCUAGCAAGUAUGGGUGUAAUGGUGCGUCACUACAAUAACAAAGUGCUGAAGGGCUAUAUUCGCAUAUCUGUGGGCAAACCAGAACAAACUGAUAUUUUAAUCAACUGUAUCAAAACCCUUUAUUGAUCAAAUUUGGAUGCAAUUUCAAAUUUACUUUCAAGCUUUUUUAUGUUGUUUAUUUCUCAGGUAAUUUUCAAGUGUACCCAAAUGAAAAGAUUUUAUUUUGCAUGGACUUUGAAAUCUAACUUAAUUUGUCAA